GGCAAAGCAGGCAGGCAGGCAGGGGGGCAAUGCAACUGCCCCUCCCAGCCGCCGAGGUUCCGCCCUCCCUUUUUGGGGAAGGGGUGCUCGGGUUUCACUCCGGGGCGGCCGGCCUCACAAAGGGCAAAGGAGCGCAGGGCCGGCCAGGUUGCUUGUCAGCCGCGGCCUGGAUCCUUUCGCCUGGAGAAAAAGCGGCUUUCUCUGCCGUUUCUCCGCUCUGCCCAGCCGUGGGGGUUGCGGGUUUCGCGAUGCCCUUUCCUUUGCUGAGCCUGGCGUUGCUGCUGGCUAGGGUGACUCGGCCCGGGCUGGCGGGGCCAGUCAGCACUUGCGAUGCCAACGGCAGCCUGUACUUCCUAGGGGAGUGGUAUUCCCUGGAUAGCGACCCCUGCAUCCAGUGCGAGUGCACGGCGGAAGGAGCAGCUUGUGCCCGCACCGACUGCGCCGCUCUGCCGCCUGCCUGCAUUCACGUCAGCCACUACCCGGGCGACUGCUGUCCGCGCUGCGAGCGCGUCGGCUGUGAGCACCGAGGACAGGCUUAUGACCUGGGGCAGCAUUUCCAGCCUUCUGAAUGCGAGCAGUGUACUUGUGACUUGGAUGGAAUUGCCCGCUGCCUGGUAGCAGACUGUGCCCCUCCACCAUGCGUCAAUCCCAUCUAUGAGAAAGGCCAUUGCUGCCCCAUCUGCAAGGAAGGACCAAAUUGUUAUGUAGAUGGGAGCCAACACAACAUUAUUCCCGCUGGAGAUAGCGUCUGGGUCGGUCCCUGUAUUCGCUGCCGCUGUCACGAUGGCCAAGAUGCUGGCUACUGGGAAGGAAACCGCUUAGCUAAAUGUGAGCAGCUGGCAGGAUGCAGAGUUCCAAAUAGGCACCAUUCCUAACCCCUUUAAAAAUUAAGUGGUUCCUUUAACCACAUCUCAUAAUCUCUUUAAGGGCUAAGUUACAAAGAAACCCCACCAGAUGCUCUUCUGCCAACUCCAAACUACAUUUACCUAUCCUAGACCCUGAUCAGAGUCCAGUUCCCUACUCCUCCUAUCUAGACCUUCUAUAAAAGACCCUUCAGUUGCUACUGCACUACAGUUCCCAUCAUCCCUUGCCAAUGACACUCCUGCAGGGGGUUGCUGGGUGAUAUACUUCUGCAAUAGCUGCAAGGCAACAGCUUUUCCAUCCCUGCUCCCCAAACACAUUUCCAAUAGCAAUCUCCGAUAUAUUUUAUAUAGGAUUUGACUUUCCUAUCUUCCCCUCCCUGAAUUCCAGUCAAUUCCACUCAAAAGACAGCUCUUUUGUACAGUGUUAUACUGAAUAGCUUUGUCUGCAUGUACUCCUUGACUAUGUGACAAUAAAGGAUCCUUAUAAAACAGCUUCUCUUUCCUCUAUAACUAUACGCAUAAUUUCCUGGGCCAAUUACUUGUGUUUCUACCCCCUAAAAUCAAGUUAGUGUGAUAAACUACAAUGCAUUUUGGAAAUGUCUUAAAUUUGGCCUUGCUAAGAAGAAUAAAGGAAAAGAAACCACAGAUGAGAAAUGUCCAAUCUGGUAUCUUCCACAAACUUCAAC